CAGACGCGCCGCGCCUUCAUUUAUGAGAACACUAGAAUUACUACUUUAUGAACUACACAGAGUUUAUAUUACACGAAGGGCGUGUCUUCAGGAAGGGGGCGUGUCUCUCUUUCUGUUCCGCAGACAGAGCUCCACAGUGAACGCAGGAUGGAGCAGCUCGUCGGCCGCAGUGCUCCGCCAGGCCCGGUGCUGCAGGUGUGUUUCCCCAGCGUCCGCGCCUCGGUCCUGGAGAAUCUGAACCGGCAGCGCGAGGAGGGUCAGCUGUGUGACCUCUCCAUUCAAGUGCAGGGUCAGGUGUUCCGCGCGCACCGGUGUGUGCUGGCCGCAUCCUCUCCGUAUUUCCACGACCAGGUUCUGCUGAAGAACGUCACCACGGUGUCGCUUCCCUCCGUCAUGGACCCUCUGGCCUUCGAGAGCGUGUUAAACUCGGCCUACACGGGUCAGCUCAGCAUCGUGCGCGAUGACAUCAUCAACUACGUCACGGUGGCCAGCUUCCUGCAGAUGUGGCACAUCGUGGACAAGUGCACGGACAUCCUGAAGAGGUCACGACCUCUGGUUCAGCUCAGCCCCGGCGGGGCAGCGUCCUCCAGUCACCAGUCGCCCAGCAGCUCUGACUGCUGCUUCGCCGAUCAGGAGGACGGGGAGCGAGCGGUGGGCGAACAAACUCUGGAAAAACGACCACAAAGUGCGCUUCCGCCUCUGGCCACAUGGAGGCGUCCGACUCAGAGCAGGUGGAGCAGAAGCAGCCUGACGUUCCCCGUCCGAACCGAGCCCGAAUGCAGCCCGAAUACGGGAGACGAAGGUUUCCACACAUUCCCCAUCUCGACUUUGCCGUCGAUCGAAACUUCGGACUUCGCGAGGCACCGAAUCCGCGCUCGCCUCCGAGGAGCGAAGGAAGACGAGGAGCAGCGACGUAUGGAAGCAGAUGAAGGAGUCGGAGAGCCGCUGGAUGAAGACAAAGUGAGGGUGAAGUGUGAGGAACACCAGGCCGGAGCCGUCGAGUCGGACGGACGUCUCAGAGAGAGCGAGACGGACGGACUGUGGAACCAGUGGACUUUGUCAGACGCCAAGCUGCUGGACGAAGACGAGGAGAACGAAACAGACGGCGCGUUCGAGACCUACGACGAAAUCGAGAAGGCCACGGGGCAGAUCUCCCAGCGUCCUUUGCCACCGCCGACGUCCGACCAGUUGGCGCCGGGCCCGUCCGAGCUCUCCUGGGUCUCGCAGUCGUCCUCGUCCUCCCCGUGCUCUCCUCUCUCUGCGACUCCCAAAGUCCACUUCUGUCACUGCGGCAAAGCGUACACGCUGAAGAGCAUGCGCGACCGCCACGUGAAAAUGCAGCACCUGAACCUGCGUCCGUUCGCCUGCCCCGUCUGCUCCAAGAGCUUCAAGAUGAAGCACCACCUGACCAAACACGUCAAGACUCACGGAGGCCUGCGUCCGUACGAGUGCGCGCUCUGCGGCAAGAAGAUCGUCUGGAGAGACAGUUUCCUCAAGCAUCAGGCUCACUGCCAGGGAACGACAUCAACAACGACGACGCCCGGCUGUCAAAACGAGGACGCAGGUGCUCCUGGACAAGUGAAGGUGGAGCAGGAUGAUUAUUCAUUACAGGACGAGGAAAUACACUCUUAAAAGUUAAAGUUCUGAAAGAGGUUUUUCUGUUGAACGACAAACGAAUGCCAUUCCUUUCAGUCAACAAUCUGUGGAUGUUAAAGGUUUUUAAUGAAACCAUCGAUGCCAAUAAAGAACCUUUAUUUUUAAGAGUUCACACACUCUUAAUAAUAAAGGUUCCAAAAGAGGAAUCGCAGAAGAAGUGAUCUGUUCUUAAAACAACCAUUUUUUAUUAGCGUGGAUGUCGAAGGUUCUUUCCACUGGGAAGAACCUUUAAUGGUUCCAUGGAUGUUGAAGUUUCUCAAUGGCACCAGUAAACCUUUAUUGUAAGAGUGUGGGCAGUCAUUUGCCGUGAACAAAGGAAAUAAGUAUUAGUUUAUCUACUAAUUAAUUAGUGGAAGUACAUAGAGGAAAUAAACUCUUUAAAAUUAAAAGUUCCAAAACAAGGUUUUUGCAUCGAGCCUUUCAGUAUUUUUUCUUUCUUAGUGUGGACAACAUUUUACAUUUCAUUUAUGCAUUUAGCAGACGCUAAAGUGACUUGCAGUGCAUUCAGGCUAUACAUUUAGUUUCUUUUUUUUACCAGUACGUGUGUUCCCUGGGAAUCAAACCCUGGGCCGUUGACCAUCAAUGUCCAUAAAACCUUCAAUUCUAAGAAUGUCUUUUCCAAAAUAAAGAACCUGUAGUGUUUCAAUGGAUGGUCAAGUUCUUCAUGGAACAUUUGGGGCCCAAUAAAGCCCCUGUAUUUUUAAGAGUGCAGACGGAUGUCACCGUGAGCCGAGAUCAGUGUUGGUUUAUCUACUAAUGGUCCACAUAUGUAGCAGAUCUGAAUAUAUUCUAGAAGCACUGUUUUAAAACAAUUAAACUCUAGUAGUUUGGUGUGUGUGUGUGUGUGUUCCAGAGGCGUUUAUCUGUUAAACAUGAUCAUGUACGCACGCACACGUAUGUGCAGAGGCUGGUUAACCCUCGACUCACCCUUUAAAGUCUACUGUGUUUGGUUUGUGUGUUAGAUGCUGAACACCACUAGACUGUACAUAAUAAUGAUAUUAAUGCAGUGUGAUUGUUUUAUAUUGUCAAUAAAGGCAUUUUAUUCAAAUCCA